CCUGUCGCUGCUCGCUCGGCCCGAUCAGCUGAUCGGUCCUUCGCUUCUCCCUCCUCAAGCCUCCCUUACGCUGCGCGCUGGCUUCUACUCUACUACUCUUGGUCCUCGUCACGUUGGAACUCGUCGCGACGAGUUCCUCCGCCUCGAGUGCUCCACGGCGUUUUGGAAGCGACCUUGCGGGUUUUUGACAGGAGCGACUUUGACAGCUGUGUUCUUAUCUCGCUCGCCUUCGCGGCGAUCGCCCCUUCUUCGGGUAUAUUUACGACAUUACGCACGCGAAUUUCGGCGUAAACACGCGCGACGAGUCAUGGAAACUGCUGGUGGCGCGUCGCGGAUAUUGCAUGUACUGCUCACGGGUCCCCCAGGAAUAGGUAAAACUACAGUGUGCAAAAAGAUUGCAUCUAUGCUGGAGAAGAGCAAAAGCUUCGAUGGGUUUUAUACAGAAGAGGUACGAGAUCGGAGCGGUCACAGAAUUGGCUUUGACAUCGUACGAGUACGAGAUCCUGAAAGAAGAUCGUCCCUGGCACGACUAAAAAAUUUAACAGAUGCUCGACAGGCUUCCGAGCACCAAGUAGGAAACUAUAGCGUUUUUCUGGAUAACUUCGAGGUGAUAGCACUUCCGGUAUUGGACCUAGACACUGAUUUAUUGUUCAUCGACGAGAUCGGCAAGAUGGAAUUAUUCAGUAAGGACUUCAAGAAGAAAGUAACAAACAUAUUUUUCGGCUCCUCCAAGAGAGCCUCCGUGAUCGGGACCAUCCCGCAGAUGCACAAAGUGCCGCGACAACACGCGGAAUUGUUCGAGAAGUUCCACGCAGACGAAAGAAUUAAGAUUGUAAAUGUGUCUCGCGAAAAUCGGAAUAACUUACCGAAAGAAAUCAUUCGUCUUUUAUAAACACAUGUUUCAAUUCAUUUUCGCACUCGUAAUUUAUUAUGUUUUCGUCACCUUCGUAUGUAAAUGCAAGUAAAAUAUUCGAUUCUUUUAUAUGUACAUUAUAAACAUCAUUUAUUGUUAACAAAAAACAAAAUGUUAGAUCAAAGAAAUCCAUCCGAUCACCGAUAGAUUUGUAAAAAAAGUUGUCACAAAUAACGUGACAAGCGUACAUUGUGAUUGGAUGGAUUAUUGUACUACGUAAUUAUGCUAACUUGCAUAUGCAUAUGCACUUAUAUAUUUUCAUAUAUAAUAAUUAUAUUUCUUUUCCCACCAUUGGUCAUUAAAGAAUCAAUUAAAAGUAUCGCGAUAUAAGAGUGUGUCUGCGUUUAUAUAAAUAAUAGAUCAUAAGUUAAAACAUUCUAUAUUGUGUAUGUGUGGAAAGAUAUUGAGGAUUAAAUUUGUUCUCUAUUUAUAUGGUGCACGCGCUCGCAGAUAUCUUUAACGAGCAAGGUGGUCCUAUCGAUUGAGGGUACAAAAUAGAAAUGUUUCUCCUUCGCAUUAUUUUGUCACAAAGAAACACAAAUCACUAGCGUUUAAAUGAGAGAGCUAUUACUAUUAAGCUAUUUUCUUAUUAAAGUCAAUAUCGUUUCUUUUUCCUAUCUAUGAUGUAUCAUCGUAAAUGGAAAAGUCAAGUAGAUUUGUCUGUUGUAAAAAUAAGCGAAACCUUUUUCAUUUUUGUACCCAUCAAUAUAUAUCAUGCAUUUUCACUGCAUAUACUUUAUUAAUACAGGAAAAAUGUUUUCCUGUAAUCUCCUAAAAAGAAUAUAAUAAUUAUUGUUGUGUGGAGAAGCACACCUAAUCUCUUACCUUCUCCAUUUCGGUAUCAAAUAUAUUACGCACACUUUGAUUGGGCUACUUA